ACGAGCAUUAAGAAUGAUCUUCUAAGAAAUAGAGUUAUAACCUCGCUCAUUCAGAGAGUUUUGUUGACUUCGCUUUUGGCUAUUGCAGUAAACACCCCUUUAACCGUUUGGCACACUUCUCAUGCCAUUUUUUUUCUUGUUCCGGUUGUUAUUAAAUUUCUCCAAACCCGAAUAGUUUUGAAUCCAUGCCGGUAGCGAAAGUGACCAAGGAUGACUCCGCGAUCCCAAACGUGCAAAAGCCGGCGCAUUUUAUCCGUUCUCGGUCGUGUGGUGAUUUUUCGACGUUUGAUCCUGCGUUUGAUAAUGCUGCGAAACGAGCUAUCGAGAAGAGAUUAUAUGCCAAGCGUUUUAGGUCCUUUAUGCGACAGAUGGCACUGUUGUCUGUUGCCCGCAACCUGCUUUCAAUCACAGCCUUGGCCUGCAUUUUUAUACGAAUCCAGUCUCUCGGCAAUCAAGAAAACCAGGAACAAGAAAACCAAGAGAAGCCUGCUCAGCUGCCCUUCCUCAUAAGUUAUCUGUAUGUCCCUGAAGGAGUCGGCAACGGGCUCUCGCUAGUCGAUUUAGGGUACACCUUUCUGCUCUGGUACUAUUCGCGCAGGAUGUAUGGACAGUGGUUCUUUUCGGCCGACAGUGUGCGGGAAGACAUGUGGCUUUCCGUAGGCUGCAGUGAAAGUGCCAUCCUGAAAUUGGUUAUAGAUCUGCAGUUAGCGGUAGUCAUUGUAGCCACUGUCAGCAUGGUGAUGCUAGCGGGGAUCAUCGAGUUCUCUUAUCCGGGAUUUUUUCUCGCGCUCUGGUUCCAUGUUAUCUGCGAAUUGUGGCAUUAUAAUACCGUCAAUGUUGCACUUUACGAAUCGUACGUGGUUCUCCUCCCCUGUGUCGGCUUAGCGGUGUGUAGCUGCAUUACCACUUGGAAGUGCCGUCGAGUAAUUCUCCAGUUUCGACAAAUCUUCUGGGCCGAGAUGCAAGCCGAUAUUAACUUUGACCCGACGGACUGCUUAUACAGGAAUUUUCUUGUGUUUUUCUACCGAGCGCGCCACAUUGUACUUAACCAUCGCUCAUUUUGGUCGGUCAUUUGGAUGCUGUCUUUGAUAUUCUCCGGCGAAGAGAAAUCGUCUGCAGUAAUGACGGAAGACUAACCCGCGUGAACGGUCUGAUGUCCUACAAUUCCUUAAACCUUUCACCGAUGCGAACUUCUACAGUACCAGUUCUGCAAAUUAGUUUCUUUAAUUUAUUGUGUGCAUCGUUUG